GGGGGGGGAACUUUUGAUGUUUCCAUUCUCCAAAUUUCCAAGAGUAGUGAAGGAGAUUUUUUUGAAACCAUUGCGACGGCUGGUAUUCGAGAUUUAGGCGGGGAUGAUUUCGACCAAAAAAUAGUUGAUUACGUGGUUCAGGAAGUGAAAAAGGAACGAAAAAUUGAUUUGUUGUUCGAAGGGGAAACUGAAAAUGAUAGAAAAAUAAUUAAACAACGAUUACGAGAAGAAGCUGAAAAAGCCAAAAAAACGUUGUCAAGCAGUUUAGAAGCCACGAUUUCUCUUCCUUAUCUUAUUCCUCCAACGGGAGGGAGAUCACCCCACGUGGAAGUGAAAAUCACUCGAGCCAAAUUUAAAGCCUUAACCAAAGAUUAUAUGGAAAGGACUAUGAAAGAAGUAGACCAAGUCAUUCAAGCAGCCGAAAAGAAAUCGGGGCGAAGUUUGACGAUUGACCAAAUAAUUUUGGUGGGCGGCUCAACUCGCAUGUCAAUGGUAGAACCAUUGCUCGAAACAAAGUUCGGCAAGAAAAAAAUUAAUAAAUCCGUCAACCCGGACGAGGUGGUGGCGAUUGGAGCUGCUAUUCAGGGUGCCGUGCUGGCUGGUGAUUUUGGUCGUGAUAUUGUGCUUUCAGAUGUGGCGCCCCUUGCUUUAGGUAUUGAAGUUCAGGGGUCUCUUGGAGGAGAAUCAAUUAACGAUAUAAUAAUCCCCCGCAACACCACUAUUCCUACUUCCAAAACUAAAAUUUACUCCACGGCUGAGGAUAACCAACCGAGCGUUCAUAUUCGCGUUCUCCAAGGAGAAAGACCUCGCGCUUCCGAUAAUAAAAUAGUCGGAACUUUUGAAUUAAGUGGUAUUGCGCCAAAGCCAAGGGGCGUGCCCCAAAUUGAAGUUGCUUUCAAUAUUGACGUUAAUGGAGUAGUUAACGUGACCGCGCAGGAUAAAGCAACUAAUAAGAAAGCCGAAGUUACUAUUCGGGACAGCCAAAAUUUAACCAAUGUUGAAUUGCUUAACAAAGGGGAAACUUAUUGUCGCACUUUCGAAGAAAGAAUUGAAGAAUUUAAAAAGCAUAAGGAUUUCAAUGAGAAUGAUGAAGGCUUCAAAAGAUUGGUGGAAUUGUAUCAAGAAUUAAAAGAAGCUGUAGACAAAAAAGAUUAUCCGGUUAUUAAAAAACAAUUGAAUAAAGUCGAAGAAAUGAUGAAAUUAGCCAGCGAAUUAGCCAGCAAAAUGCCUUCCGAAGAAAAAAAAGAGGACGAAGGCUAUGUUUCGGGUUCGGAAGAAGAUACUAUGGAUGUAUCGCCCGAAAAGGAUGACAAAGACAAAAAAUAUAAAUCAGAAGUGGAAAAAAAACAAGCCGAGGCCAAAAUGAAAGAAAUUAAUGAGGCUUAUGGAGUUCUAAGUAAUCCCGAAAAACGGCAAAAUUACGAUCGAUACGGCAGCGCGGAAGGUUUUCAAGGACCACCAGAAGGUGGUUUUGACCGUAGCGGAGAUUUUUUUAAGGACAUCUUUAACACUUUUUUUGGUGGGACCGAUUACUCUCGCUCUCGUGGAACCCGACCUCAGGACGGAAGUGACAUUUUAACGAGCAUUACCUUGACUUUCAAAGAAUCGGUGCUAGGAGUGAAAAAAAAAGUGUCUUUAAAAGUAGAAAGGGCCUGUGAUGCUUGUAAACAAACAGGGGCGGCUUCGUCCAGUGAUAUUAAAAAAUGUCCGAAAUGUCAAGGGAGGGGAAUAGUUAAUACUAUCCAGAGAACAAUUUUAGGGACUAUUCGCGCCCAAGAUACUUGUGAUCGUUGUGAAGGAGAAGGGAAAGUGCCAGACAAAACACUCCUUUAUCAGGGCAUUGGUACAGUCGAAGUAAUUACUCUGGAAACUUAUCAGUUAGGAGGAGCGCUAAAAGAUUUAGCCAAAAUCACGGUCCCGGCCGGCAGCCAACACGGUGAUUAUGUAGUUCUGCCAGGACAGGGCUGCUAUGUAGGAAUGAAUAAUCCUAAACGGGGAGAUUUUUAUGUACGUUUACUAAUCAAAUUACCUAAAAAAAUUACUCUUGCUGCCGAAGGAAGGUUGCUUGUUGUUAAAAAUAAUAUAAUUAUGGGAAAAUUAAAUGUUUAUACUAAACUCCAACUCAUCCAAGCAGAAAUCAAAGAACUAAUUCGCACUGAAGAAAAUAAAUUUCAAAAAUAUAAAUUUUUCAACGAAUUACAAGUGCUUAAAUUACUGAGACCUCUCUUAGAAAAGUAUAAAUUAACCCUUCUGUUAAGCGAUGAUACCAGUCAACCCUUAAUUCACGAAAAAGAGGCAGUGGGCAGCAAUGUGGAUUUAGCCAAAGCCAAAGGCUCUAGUGAAACCUAUGCUACUAAAUAUUUGUUAAGUAAAUUUUUUUUGAUGCCGGUGAAGGACGAGGCCGACCCUGAUUAUAGGCAAGGAGAAGCAAAAGACGGAAUGAAUCCUGAAGAAAGGAAAGCCGUCAAUGAUUUUCUCCAAAAACAUGGUUGGAACGAAGAAGAAAAAACGAAACCUCUUUCCUCUUACGAGACUUUGGAAUUUUUGGGAGACAGCGUGUUGAGUUUUUACGCUAGCCUUUUUAUCUAUCAGCAAUUUCCCAAUUAUGCAGAAGGACAAAUGAGUAAAUUGAAGCAAUUGAUGGUUCAAGAGAGUACUUUAGCCCAUUUAAGCCGAGAAAUCGGGUUAGGAAAAUAUUUGCAACUGGGAACAGGAGAAAGAAAAAACCAGGGAUCUGAUAAAGAGAGUAUAUUGGCGGACGUUUUUGAAUCUUUUACAGCGGCUCUGUAUUUGGAAAAGGGGGGUAAAACCGUCCAGCGUUUCCUCAAUUUAACCAUUUUUGCUUGGGUUGUUGGCAAAGAAAAUAUGAUUUGGGAUUACAAAAGCCAAUUACAGGAAUAUUGCCAGGCUCGGAAAAAUAGAGUUAUCUAUCGUCUAAAGAGAGUAUUGAGAGUUGGAAAUCAACAAUUAUUUGUUAUGGAGGUCAGCGACGAACAGGGAACUUUUCGGGAAAGUGGGCAGGGUCGGAACAAAAAAGAAGCCGAACAACAAGCCGCUGCUAAAGUGAUUGAGAAACAAGGCUAUCACCUAGUCUCCCCGAAGGCUCAAACCGAGCCAUUCUUGCCAACUAGCAAGUCCGUAAUCACGGCUUUGGUUAAUUUCAAUAUUGGAGUUAAUCUAAAGAAUGCUCUUUUAAGCCGCGAAAAAACUCUGAGCGAAAAAGUCAUUAAAGCAGUAGAAAAGGAAGGCGGGGAAGAAAAAAAAGAAAUUACGAAAGAAAGAGUAAGAGAAAUAUUAAAUAGCGAGGCUGACGAAACUAACCGACAACAAAAAGAAGCCAAAGAAAAUAUUGCUGGGGAAAUGAAAGGAGAGGGUUCUUUGUCGAAAGAAAAAGUCAAAGAAAUAAUUGAAAAGGCCAGUGUCGGCGGUCGGCAGUACACCAAUUCAGCAGAAAUUUCUCGCAAUUUAAUUACCCAAUUUGCUGAUGAUUUAGACGAAAUUGCUUAUAGUACUACUUUGCCGCUUUUAGCCAUUGUGGCCGGUUUAUUUGCUAUUCUUAUUAUCGUGGAAAUUUUACUUUUCAAAAGGGCUAGCAAAUUAAAUAUGGCAGCAAAAAGGCGCCAAGAAGAAGAUAAUAAAAUUAUUUUCGAGCGCAUUAAUAAUUUGGAAUAUAUUAAAGCGGUUUCAGGAGAAAAAUACGAAGAAGGAAAAAUCGACCGACAGUUAGAUUCCACCUUCCACAAGAAUAGAAAAGCGCUUUGGUUUAGCACCUUAUUUAAAGCUGCUCCCCAAUACAUUAUUAUUCCGAAUAUUCCCACUUUUUUCAUAGCCUUGACCCUGCUUUUUUACUCGUCAAAUCCCAAAAUGGGAACUGUUUUCCUAAUAGGCAAUUUUUCUCGCUACUUUUUUUCGGUCCGCAAUUUAAACAGUGAAGUCAACAAAGUAAUUGAUGCUUUAUUAACUUUAGAUGAACUUUCUAGCAGUCUGACCAUUGUUAAUGAGGGUGCUAAAACAUUAAAUCAGCCAACUACUCUUGCUGAAUCAAAAACUCCUCUGCCAACUUUGCCCUUCAAAAAUGGUGACCUAGUGUUCCAAAAUGUUGUUUUUGCUUAUCCUAAACGACCUCAGCAAGAAAUUUUGCGGAAUUUCACUUUCACUUUUCAACAAGGGAAAAUCUACGGCAUUGCUGGCAAAAAUGGUAUCGGCAAAAGCACCAUUACCAAAACCACGCUUAAACUUUAUGACUUAAAAGCCGGACAAAUCUUAAUUGGAGAACGUAAUGUGCGAGAAAUUGACACUAUUAGCCUCCACCGCCACAUUUGCUACCAAACUAAUCGCCCUACUUUUUUCCGCAUGAGUAUUGCCGAAAAUGUUUGCUAUCCGCAAACAUAUAAUAAAAAAGACCAAGAAAAGUUGGUUCAAGCAGCCCAAAAAACCGGUAUUUACGAGUUUAUUGCCAAACUACCACAAAGAUUUGAUACUGUAUUAAGAGAAGGGGGUGCGGAUCUUUCGGAAGGGCAAAAACAGCAAAUUUCAGCGAUGAAAAUGUUUAUUAAUGAUUACGAAAUUUACAUUUUGGAUGAGAUAUUAAGCAAUGUUCACCCUAAUUUAAAAGGCGUCAUUUUAGAAAAUAUUUUUUCUAAACUAAAAGGCAAGACAAUUCUAGUAAUUGAUCACCACUACGAAAUAUUUCAAUAUGUUGAUUAUAUUUAUCAGUUCACUGGUGAGAAAUUAAUUCGCAUGAAUAAGGAAGAGUUUUUGGC